AUUUUGUGGCUGGUUGGUAAGCAUAGAAUACAAAAUUGCAAAAUCCGAGGACAAUCGUGUAUGUACCUAUAUAUUCAUUUGUUAGUUAUGGAGGUGUGAUGGAGGCGCAGUGGUCGAAGAUAGCCAAUUUCAUGUUUGCGAUUUCAAGGAACUUGGUAUGUAAAUAUGGCUGGUAAUAGAGUAAAUGCUAAGACGAAAGGAAAAGAAGACAAGAGCAAAUUAAAUAAAAAUGUUACACAAAAUAAUGAAGACUCGGAAGAUCUUGAUUAUAGUUUGCUUAGAAAGCCUAUACCUACAAGUGUAACAGGGUUUGCCCAAGCAAGAAAAGUGUUUGAUUUAGCCACAGAGGAGCUUAAAGAACUACUGACAAAUGAGUGUGAUUUGCUAUAUGAAUGCAAGGUUUGCAGGAAUUUAUUUAGAAGUUUGAUGAAUUUCAUUUCACACAAAAGGAUUUAUUGUAAGGAAAAGUUCAACUGUACUGUGCAUAGUCAUUUCACAAGUGUCAACUCAACGGCCAAUGAAUUAUUGAAAAUAAAGAAGUUUGAGGAGAAUUAUUUGGAGUUUCUAAAAGACAAGUCACAAGAACCCAAUGAAAAUAUUGAAGAAAAUGAUGCAAUACCCAUGACAAAAGAUUUAACUACAGUAAUUGAAAAGAUUGUCACAUCUAGAGGUAUUCAAGAGGAUCAAUUGAAGGAACAAGAAGUUAUUUUGCAGAAAAUUCCUAAAACGUCUGUUGCUGUUUAUCAAAAUAUUAAAUACAAUGAUUCUUCCAAUGUUGACGAUAUGCGAACACAGGUAAAUGAAUUGGAUACAAUACUAUCACGACAAAAUGCAGUUCUACAAAGUGAUGGUAAAUUUAAAAUUGAGAGUAAUGUGGAUUCGGAAAAUGAGGGUGUCAUUCAAAUAAGUGACGAUGAAGAAAAUGAUUGUUUGGAUAAUCUCAAGUGUAAAAUAUGUGAACUUCAAUUCUCAACACAAAAGACCUUAAAGUCUCACAUAAAAACGAAACAUUUGGAAAGUCGCCUCGUGUAUCCGUGUCCAGACUGUCUCGAAAUAUUUUCAACAUCGUGGAGUGUUUACAGGCAUCUAUUCAAAGUUCAUAGAAAAACUGCAGCGCAGAUUCGAAGAUUGCGUGAAACAAUUCAAUCAAAAGCCUUCCGUAUGAACAACCCACCGGCGUUUUAUGAAAAGCGCAAGUCUAGUAUGAAAAUUGCUACAGCACAGAAAAUUACUGAAGAGGAGAGAAUAGAUCAAGAAAAUCAGGCAUGGAUGGACAACAUGGAGGGGGACGGCGAGUUGCCGCGGUGCGGCGGGUGCGGGCGCACGUUCGAGCGGCGCGCGGCGCUCGCGGCGCACACCAACACGUGCCAGCCGCGCGUGCGCGCGCUCGCCGCCGCGCGCCGCCCGCACGACGCCAAGCGCAUCGAGAUACAGAUCCGCAAGGACUACCACAAGGGGCCGCCGCCCAAAGAAAAGAAUACUACCGAAGAGGCACCAUCACCAUCGAAACCGCAAGUACAAAAGGAGAAAAAAGAAGUUCAAAAUGAAAACACUUUGACGGAAGCUAUUAUGAGUAUUGUUGGAGUAACUGGUAAUCAAGAAGUUGUUGAUAGCGAGCCUAUAGAACAAAUUACUGAAGAUCCGCCUAAACCUAGUUUUAAUGUAGACUCUUUCAAACCUAUGCAUAAGCUAAGGUUUUCUCACCAAGCAGAGAAAAGCAAUUUUAAUGCACUGAAAAGAAAAGUGCUACAUGAUGUUGACAUAGACCAAUUGUCAUGUAAAAAAUGUGAAUUCAAAUGUAAGCAAGCGAACGAACUAUACAAUCACGUUGCAGGUCACUUUAAAUGGUUGCGUUAUGCAUGCAAACUGUGUAAUUUCAAGCAUUAUGAAUUCGAGAAAGUUCCGGAGCAUGUAAAGAUAGUUCACAAACUAAAGGGUGAUUCUGAUUUCUAUUUUAGUACAGUUAAAGCGAUUGAUGGUGUUGAAGCGACAAUGCUUUCUGAUGUAACUGAUGAAACAAGUGAAGCUAAUGAAACUAGUCCUGACUCUAGACGACCAAGUAGGUGUUCAAGUGACUCUAGCAGAUUGUCCGAUGACAGUUCAUCUAGUAGUACAAGAAUCGAAACGGGAAGUAGAAAGAGAAAAUCAAAUCCAUAUAGAAGCAGUACAAGGAAAAAGAGAGAAGUCCCUAAUGAUGAAGCAGAUGGAGAUAGCAAGGAUGGCGAAGAUUCACCUCAAAAAGACGUCAUACAAUUGGAAAACGAUUCAUCUUCAAAUUCAAAGAUAUUUGAUGAAAACUCGUCUGAUAUAGAUGACUCUGAGGAGAAAACUAGCAAACGUCUCAGACUCGAUGAUAUGACAUCAGUUGCACCUAGAAGACCAGUCAGGAAACGAACGAGACCCAAAAAUGAGGAUUUCGAAUAUGAUUUAUCAAAUCUACUGAAAAUGGAAGCCCAAGGUUACAGGGAUUCGAUAUCGGUCUCUAAUGUUAAAGCAGUUUCAAAUAAAAAGAAAAGGGCUCAUAUGAAAACUACUAAUUUUACAAUUUUCACAUCAACUAAAGAACAAAGGAUAUCUAAUAUAUUUGUUAGACCCAUGUUGCCAAAAAUCAGUCGCAUAGAUAAAACUUCCCUUCUAAAAGAACCACCAGAAAAUAAAGAUAAUACAACUAAAAGUACAAAAGUUCCCGACGCGAACGAAUCUGUAGUACAACCAGUUAUAGAAGAUGGUAAAUCACAAAGUCCUCCUGUAACAGAAACAAAUGAAAACAUAAAAGAUAGCAAUAAAGUAAUUACCGAAACUAAAGAUACAAAAGAAGUUAACGAUGAAAAUCCUGCGAGCCAAACCACUGCGAGCCCAACCACUGAAUCUAGUUCCCAAGAUAAAACCAAAUCAAAUUUAAAUUUAGUUCCUAUAAAAUUUCGUAAACAAAGCUUAGACCUUAUGAAAAAUCCCCUUAUUAAAAAGAAUAUUACCGACUUUAGCAAGGCCGGUAUGAAGACAAAAAUUCUCGUCAUCAAGCCUUUGAAUAGGAAAGAUGGCGCUCAAACUAUAAAUGCACCGUUGAAGUUUCAAACGAUAAAGUUAAAAGAACCCGUGAACAUAUCCAAUGAUGAGAAAAAGCCAGAUCAAGUUGUUGUAGUGAAAGUACCCAAAGUUGAAUGUGCAAGAGCAGUUAAAGGUAGUAACAAUAAUAACGAAAGUAGUUCAGACGCUAAAGUGGCAGACAGUGAAAAAGAAAAAGCAGAAAAUUGUGAUAGUAAAAUAAGUGAAGAAAAAUACAAUGAAAGUGAUAAACAAGAGGUUUCGAAUAAUAAUAGCGAUAGAGCUCAAUCUGAAACUUUUUCCACUGAAAUCUCGGUGCCUGUGACUGAUACAGAUGUAGCAGUCCAAAGCUGAAUGAAAUAUGUUAAUGUAUUAUUAUUUUAAUUAAGAACAUGUACAGGUUAUGUUAGUUAGCUAUUCCAAUUAAAUGAUAUAUAACAAUUA